AGACAUUACUCUGUAGGUAUUUGGGUUCCCUCAGAGGAACACACUUUUGUAUUUCUAAGCCCUGCCGUGUCUUCAUCAUGCAGUGGUAUGAGGAAUCAUCGAUGAUGCAACCUGACCGGCAGGAAACAUAAAGGGAAGGCCAUCAUGCUUAACGAAAGUACUAUUAACCUCUCAAGAAAGCUUGACGAUUCUUCCAACUACAUUUAAAUAUGACAUCCAUCUUAUCAAACCCUCUUCCAUGGCACAAUGGAGAAGAACAAAUGCACCGGAUGCUACAUGUGCCGUCCAGGGAGAACCCAACCGUGCCAUACCUGAGUCCCGGGGCCGGGUACUUGGUGAGUAGAGCGCCACUGUUGGCCCUCGGUGCUAUUGACAAGGAGGGAAGGCCAUGGUCAACCGUCUGGGGUGGAGAGGGAGGCUUUGCCAGUCCGAUUACCGAGUCUAUCAUCGGCCUCCGGACUCUGGUGGACCAGAAGCACGACCCGGUGAUUAGGGCGUUGCUCGGCAGUUCGGCGGACGGCGGAGUAGUUACUGCUCAAGACGCCGGGAAGAUGGUUUCUGCGCUGGCGAUUGACCUAGAGAACAGACGCCGAGUCAAGCUCCAUGGCAGGAUGGUCGCUGGCGUGGUAUCGUCUUUCGGUCCAGCAGAGAGCGACGAGGAGUUUUCUCGCCAAAGUGAGCUUCAAAUGGCUGUCAAGAUUGACGCAAGCUUGGGCAACUGCCCCAAAUAUCUCAACAAGAAACGCAUUCUCCCUGCUUUGCCUACACCAAAGCUGAUAUCCGACUCACCGCGGCUCACACAGACAGCUCUUGACUUUCUAGACCGAGCAGACUGUUUAUUUGUCUCGUCGUACCACGGCGAUGUGGACAUGGAUACCAACAUUCGUGGCGGGCCCCCUGGUUUCGUCCGCGUUCUUUCCAACGAUUCAACAGGCGCCAUGCUGGUCUACCCUGAGUAUUCCGGAAAUCGACUGUACCAGACAUUGGGCAACCUGCAAACUACACCUCGGGCCGGAUACGUCUUCCCGGACUUCGAGACGGGAAAUGUUUUGUACCUUACUGGAAGAACGGAGGUGCUCGUCGGGAAUGCUGCCGCAGAUAUCAUCCCAAGAUCAAAUCUAGCCGUCAAGGUCACUGUUUCCGCUGCUCUAUUCGUUGAAAGGGGUCUCUCCUUCAGUGGAAUCCCAGGGGAUCUAUCCCCUUACAACCCCAGUGUCAGACACCUUGUGACCGAGAAACCUACCAUCGUUACAGGCGGGAGCAACGACUCGCCAGCCACGGCAACGCUGAUCAAAAGGGAAACGCUGACACCGACGAUUUCUCGAUUACGAUUUCGGAUUUCUGACUCGAAGAAGAUUGGACACUAUACACCGGGGCAGUACGCUAUGCUCUCCUUCGAGAACGAGCUGGAUAUAGGGUAUAGCCACAUGCGUGAUCACGAUCCCACCAGUCUCAACGACGACUGGAUCCGAACAUUUACCGUCUCGUCGUAUCCUGGCAAAGACAUGCCAGCCGAUGAAUUCGAAAUCACCAUCCGUAAAAAUGGCAAUGUGACCAAGUUCCUGCUCCAGGCGAAUGUGCGCGUUGGGUUAGAAGUGCCCUUGAGGGGAUUCGGAGGAAGCUUCCAGUUCGAAGAAGACCCGCAGGGACACAACAUCAUCCCCUUUGUUGCGGGUGGCAUUGGGAUCACUCCGGUCCUUGGGCAGCUUCCAGGCAUCAAAACCAGCCGUCUACGCCUUUACUGGUCUCUUUCGAUGCAAGACAUCGGCUUGGUCUUUGAUACCUUCCAGCGAUUCCCCGAGCUGCCGGCAUCGACCACACUGUUUCUAACGGGUCCAAAUGUGGACAGAGAUGCAACCGAUUCCCGCAAAUACGAAUAUAUCGCAUCGUCAGGCGCGCAGCUCCAUCACCGCAGGAUGCAAGCAGACGAUCUGGACGCGGAUUUGUCUGAUGUGUGGUAUCUCUGUGCCGGCACAGCUUUGAAGCGCUCAGUGCUGAACUGGCUAGUGGGCAAGCGAGUAAUCUAUGAAGAUUUUACCUAUUAAUUAUAAAUGGAAUUCCAAAACUAUCAAUAAGCAACCCCAUAGUAACCAUGUCAUAUGCAGUACUAUCCUACUAAGACAUGGUAUGCGCGUCCACUGCUGCCUCAUCACCGCCCGCGCUUAUCUACCCC